AUGGCUACCGUGAUCUCGCCCUGGAUCCUGGGCGGGCUGUUCUUCUGGGUCAAGGGCGCACGACACAUGCCGCGCAUCUACGACGGGAUGGAGUGCGUUUGGGCGUGGCGGUAUGGCCCUGGUGCGGAUUUGAAGGUGACGGCGGAGGCCGGGGUGGCUUGGGAUCGGCAUGUAGAGCAGUUGAAGGAGUGCGUACCAAAAGAUCAACUGGUGUUCUACGAUGUACGGGAGGGUUGGGGUCCGUUGUGUAAGGCUUUGGGCGUGCCGGAGAGUAAGGUCAAGGGUGUGCCUUUCCCGAGGGUCAAUGAUAAAGAGAGUUUGGAGAAGCACUUUGAGGGUUUGGCGAAGCAGGGGAUACAGAGGUGGCUGAUGUUUGUAGCGGUCUUGGUUGGGGUAGGGGCUUUGGCGUCGAGAUGGCUGGCAUAA